UGUACUCCACAGGCCCUGUCUGUGUACACUGCUGUGCUGGUCUCCAUUUUUUAGUUGUGUUUGAUGUUUCGAGGGACACAAGACAAAAUGAUCUCAAUAACCCGAAGCUGUGUUCUAUUGCUGUGGAUGCAUAUACUGCCCUCCAUCAAAUGUCAAGAAUGUACCACUGACGAUUUUGUAAAGGGUCCCCUUUUUGACUCUAAUUUUGACGUGACAAAUUUGGAUGUCGCUUACCCAAAUGGGCAGCAAGUGAGAGUGGCCUGCGCUGUUGGUUACAGCGGAUUUUUCAAACUCACCUGUGUUGGUGGAAAAUGGCAGUCUCGUGGUACUAAAUGUCAACCAAGACCAUGUGGUCACCCUGGUGAGGCCCAGUUUGCAGAUUUUCAUCUGGAGCAAGGCGAUGAUUUUGUCUUUGGCUCACAAGUCAAGUACACCUGCCACAAAGGUUAUCAAAUGGUCAGUCGAAUAAACUACAGACGUUGCAUGUUGGACGGAUGGAGUGGUCUUAUUCCCGUCUGUGAAGUAAUACAGUGCCCAGCGGUCGAUGUGGACAGCAAUGUCGCAGUGACUGGGGACACAGAAGAAGCCAACUUUGGCAAUGUGCUUCAAUUCAGCUGCAAGAAAAGCAAUGAAAUCCUGGUUGGGUCAUCAGUGAUGUCCUGUGAUGAAAACGGAGAGUGGAGCAGCACUCCUCCAAAAUGUGAAGAGACAAAAUGCACAGUGCCAGUGAUUGAAAAUGGUUUUGUGCCUGGAAAUACCAAAGAGUACAAAGAAGACGACAUACUGUUUUAUCAGUGUAAUCCAAAAUAUAAUCAGGCUGAAGGCAGACCUUCAAAAUGCACAAAAAUCGGGAUGAGAGCCGAGUGGAGCCCCGCACCGUCAUGUGAAUCAAUAAAAUGCAAAGUGACACUGCCAAGCAUUGAUGGAACCAGCUAUGAACCUGCUUUCAAAAGUUUAUUUUCACCCGGUGAAACCAUACAAGUCACAUGUGGACACAACUACUGGAUAUUGAACACACAGCAGACUUCAACAGUAUCGACUUGCGGGGAUAAUGGAAAAUGGACCAUUAGACCCAUAUGCCAGGAGGUUACUUGCAGAAACCAAAGAGACCCAUCUGUGUCAUACUGGGAUGUCUACUGGGGGCAGAGGAUAAGGUUGGGUGCUUCUGUUAAUUAUGUGUGUAAGUCGGGAUACAAACACACAAAUGGCGCGACAAUGGUCAAAUGCACCAGAGAUGGAUGGAAACCAAACCCACCCUGUCAAGAAAUAAUGUGUGACAGUAAGGAUAUCCUGAAUGCAAACACUUUGGAUGAAUACAAGGAGCUCUACAGAGAGUAUGAAACGGCAGAUUUUGUCUGCAAGGGUUCUCGAGAAAGAUUCACUCUCACCUGUCGAGAAAAUGGUUGGCAAGGUUAUGGACCUUGUAAAGCACAAACAUGUGAGGAACUCGACCUCAGCAAUGCAGAUAUUGUCCGCAAUAGGAAGGACAUUUACAACCAAGGUGACCGUGUCCGGUACGCAUGUAACAACGAUGCCGACCGACAGUUCACAGUUACCUGUGAAUUUGGCAUGUGGACUGGGAUUCAGAACUGUUCAGCUUGUCUAAAACCUGACGUGACCCAUGGCUUUGCUGUUGGCCCAUCACAUAGCAUGCUCUACUACACAUGCAAUGAUGGUUACAAACUUCCCACUAAAGGGUGGUGGGGUGAAGCAAAAUGCAUUGAUGGCCUCUGGAUUGGACUGGAACAAUGUAUUGAAAACGAUAAGUGUGGGGAAUUACCUGUGAUUCCUAAUGCAAAAGUCAAACUUCAAAGGACCGGACAUGGACAAGACCAGAGCCUCCAGAUUAUUUGCAAGAGUGGAUACCAAACUCAGCUGGACCACAUUUUGUGCAUCAAAGGCAAAUGGGAUUCAAAUGGUUUACCGCUCAACACAAUCUGCUCUCCUGUGGCCGAGACCUGCAGUCCACCCCCUAAAGUGGAGAAUGCCGUCAUUUUAACAUCAUUUCAGACAGAAUACUUGUCAGGCUCUCAAGUAACCUUUAAGUGCCGUAAGAACUAUAUGAUAGACGGAGAUGACACUAUCACAUGCCAAAAUGGCAAAUGGGACAUGGCGGACAUAAAGUGUACUCCAUACUGCCCCAAGCCCAAAGAUGCUGACCAGACGAUAACCUUCACUGUGGAUAAAGACAAAUACAUGAAUGGUGAUAUCAUACAAUAUCGCUGUAUACAACCAGCUGGAAAAAUUGGAGGUUUUGCAACAUGUGUAAAUGGCAAGUGGAGUGAACCAAUUGGAUGUGAAGUGAAGCCAUGUCCACUUCCUGAAAACACUCCAAAUGGCCGUUUUCAACUAAUCCAGGGUGACGACUUUGUUUUUGGGUCAACUAUCAAAUACUUAUGCGACGAAGGCUAUCAAAUGGUGAGUAAGACGGACACCAGGACUUGUUUGCUGGAGAAAUGGACCAACCAUGUACCAAUAUGCGAACCUUUGCUAUGUGACCCCCCGCCCACACAUGGAGGAAUCACUGUCAAAGGUUUACCAGAUAAUGCAGAUGGCAUCCUUCCGGACCGCUUCCUUACAUUCAGUUGUGACAUUCCUGGAAAACAACUGCAUGGCAGUUCAUUGUUAAUAUGCGGUAAAGAUGGACUUUGGGAUAAGCCGUUCCCUACUUGUGAAGACAUUGCUUGUACCGUUGGAGCACCACAGCCUCACCUUAUUGUAGAUGAGCUGCCAGCAGGGAAUCAAACAAUACGAAUCGGACACAAAUUAAGGUUCCGCUGCAGUGAUGACUAUGCUUUGGAUGGACCAGAAGAGAUUAAAUGCUUACCAACUGGGGAAUGGAACUUACCUUUCCCAACCUGCUCUGAGCCGUGUCAGGUCACAGGUAUACCUGGUAAUGUACGGCUUUCCACUCAUCUACGUGGCACACAGGCAAGAAAAGGACAAAAGCUGAGGUUUUACUGCCGCCUACGUGCAGAAAUGCUUCACGGGAAGGAAGAGGUUGAAUGUUUACCAAAUGGGUUGUGGAGUGACCCCUUUCCAACAUGUGGAGCUCCUUUGGAGUGCCAGCGGCCACCUUACCUUUCAGGAGGAGACACCAAGUAUUCCACUAAAUCGACUUAUGCACACAAUGAAAGGGUUGAAUACACCUGCCAGAAUUACUACAUAAUGGAGGGUGAUCCUUAUCAAAUCUGCAAAAAUGGUCAAUGGACGGGCCAAAUGAAAUGCCUCAAGCCCUGCACUGUGAAUAGAGAACUCAUGAGCAAGCAUAACGUAGUAUUUCGAUACAGACGGGAUGAUAAAUUGUACUCAACCCAUAAUGAUAUCAUCGAGUUCUGGUGCACACGGGGAACGAGGCAUGACGGCGUAUUGAGUAUGCGGCAGAAGUGUAUUGAUGGACUGAUGGACCUGCCUACUUGCCAAUAGCAGCUAUGCAGGCAGUCACCAACUGCUAAUAUACUAUUGUCUGGUAUGUUUCACUGAUUUGUGUGGUUCAAUAAAACAAGUUCUCUCUGUU